GUUCAAAAAAUAAAAGCUUUAAUAAAUUCAAACCCCGCCCAUACGUCACAUUCUGUUCACGUGCCAAUCGGAAAGCACGCUGCCAGAACGACGUGGCAAACCCGGAAGUGAAUUAUAGCAAACACGGACAUGGCGGACAGGGGCGAAGGACUGAUCGCAACCGAGACGUACGGCUCCCAGGAGGCCUGGUCAUACAGGAUACAGGAUGGAGGGAUGCGGAGAGAGAGAAGGGGAAAUGAACGAGCUGUUAGGGGGAAAUCAGUCACUGAUGCGUUCAAGAAUGUUUUCCUUCCUCAGGGUUACCCUGAGAGCGUCAGCGAGGAUUAUCUACAGUAUCAGAUAUGGGAUACGUUGCAGGCUUUCUGCAGUUCUCUCUCGGGCACGCUCGCCACUCAGGCCUCGCUGAAAGGAGUCGGAGUCGGAAAUCAACAAGCAACGGUUGCUGCAGCCACAUUGACUUGGUUACUUAGAGAUGGCACAGGGAUGUUAGGGAGAAUUCUCUUCGCAUGGUUUAAAGGGAGCAAACUGGACUCAGAAGCCAAAAAGUGGAGGCUUUUCGCUGACGUUCUCAACGACCUCGCCAUGUUGAUGGAGAUCACGGCGCCUCAUUUCCCGCCGUUCUUCACUCUUAUCGUUUGUGUCGCAGGAGUCUUUAAGUCCAUUGUGGGCGUGGCCGGAGGAGCGACGAGAGCAGCGUUAACUGUCCAUCAGGCUCGCAGAAACAACAUGGCCGACAUCUCAGCUAAAGACGGCAGUCAGGAGACGCUGGUCAACCUGGCAGGACUGCUGGUUAGCUUGGUGCUAAUCCCGCUAGUCACCGAUAACGCCGUGCUGACUUUUAUUCUCUUCUUCCUCUUCACCACGCUUCACCUGGUCGCCAACUACAAAGCUGUCAGGUCUGUCGUCAUGGAGACGCUGAACGAAGCUCGUCUGGCGAUCGUCCUUCGUCGUUAUUUGCUGGACGGACAAAUCCUGAGUCCGGCAGAAGCCAACGGGAGAGAGCCGGUGUUUCCAGAGUUCAGAACAGACCUGUGCAUCAAACUCGGGGUCAGACUGGGAGACGUCAUUAAACGGCCUCAGGAGAUCCAGCUGGCUUUGUGGAACAACACCAGGUCCUACAUCGUAGCAGUACAAAACGGUUGUGUGCGUGUGUGUUUGAGUGCUGAUGCGUCAGUGCGUGAUGAGAUCGCGGCAGCGUGUCAGGCCGUGUGUAUCAGCACCGUGUUACACUCGUCACCGCAGCACCGAGCUCUCACACGUCUGUCUGGGAUCAAAGAUUCGUGGGAGCUGGUUUCUGAAAGUCACAAGCUGAUGGACCAGAUUUUCCAGCCCUUUUUGGCAGGUCUAGAGAAAGCCGGUUGGCAGACGGACCGGACGUUGCUGUCCUGGGACGAGUGGAGAGCGGAGUGGAGGAAGAAAGGCGUCUGAAACGAGACCCGUUCUGUUCUCAGACCGGUUCGGUUGUGAGGAGCAGCGAAGAUGAACAUUCAGUUUGUUUUUAUUAAAAUUUGAGAACGGA